GCUAAGGGCUAGUGGUUUGUAAAGUUUAGUUUUGUAGGUGACUGCAAGAACAGACUAGAACAGCAAGGAUCAGAACAGACGUACAGGACUGCAUUUUAAUUUUGUUUUUGUGUUAAUAUGCAAUGCAUUUUGAAAUUUUCCAGUCUAAGUGAUUUAAAUAAGGUUCACCGUGUGUUUCACACAAAAUGCUUAACUUCCUCUUCUAGACAGUAGGGACUGUAACAUCAUCACAGCAGGUCAGACUCCAUCCGACUGUUGCAAUGGAAAUCGGUCACUUUCUUGUGUUCUUCAUUACAGUUCUGAUCUCCAGCACAGCAUACGGACCUGGAAACCAUGUGUUCAUACAGACAGGGGACUCUGUUGAACUGGAUAUAAAAAUUAAAACAAUGCCAGAGUUUAAUCAAUUAGUCUGGACGAAAGAUAUAUCAGAAAAUAUAGUCAAAUUCUUAAGUCAGUCUGGAGAUAUAAAAGAGCACAGUUCAUAUAAGAACAGAGUGGAGUUCAAUACUGAAACCUUCUCUCUAACGCUGAGGAACCUGAAGAAGACAGACAGUGGAAUCUACAUGGCAAAAACAAAAGGAGAACAAGAAAUAUGUGUUGCUAAACACAACAUAUCAGUUAUAGAUCCAGUGGAUUUUCCUGUUCUGAAACAGAACUUCACCAUGAUAACUGUUAAUGCCUGUAUUGUGAACGUCUCAUGCAGUGGGCGUGAUCAUACAAUCAGCGACAGCUACUACAGCAACAACUGCUCUCGGGAGGAAGUGACUUCUUUUGGAAUCCAGACUCUAGCCCUGUAUUGUAUAGAGAACAUAGUUGUUUGUAACUACAGCAACCCAGUUAGCUGGAAGAAUGACACAAUAGAGAUUCACCAGCUUUGCCCACCUCAUGAAAAAGAAAAUCCCAAAGAAAACAACGGUUCCUUUCCUCUCCAUUGGCUCUUAGUCAUCGCUGGUGUAUCAGUGUUGGUUUUCACAGCAGUUCCUGUAAUAUGCUGCUCUUACAAGAAGCGUAAAAAGAGUGCUCAAAUAAAUGAUCAGACAGUCUAUGCACAAGUUCAGCCGACGAAUGAAGUGCGAAAACCCCUGGAGAUGUUGGAGAAAUCAGCAAAUCCUCAAACUGUGUAUGGCUUUUCAGGGGAAUACAAACAAACUCACAAUACCAGUCAGACAAUCCCUAGUCCUCAGAUACGGGAACAGGCACAAACAGAAAAUCGCCCCAGCACCACCUACAGUACAAUAGGACAACACCAAAAGCCAUCAUUUGCCUCUGAAACAGAUCAUACAAUUUAUUCAACAGUGUGUAAAUCCACGCAGGGCAGACAACCUGUGCAUUAAUAGCAGAGGUUAAAUAUGUUAAAUGAAAUAUUUUUUAGGAUAUUUUUAAAGGGGUCAUAUGACGUUGCUAAAAAGAACAUUAUUUUGUGUAUUUUGUGUAAUGCAAUGUGUUUAUUCGGUUUAAGGUUAUUAUUUUCCCAUAUUGUUUCUCCUCUAUGCCCAGCCUUUCUGAAACGCAUCAAUU